AUGUCGCUACCAAAUAUAGGACGAAUUUCGACUCCACAGCCACAUUUCAUGCCUGGCUAUACUGGCUACUGUCCACAGUAUAUGUAUCGUAUAGGAAAUACAUACUCGUCAUUGACACAUCGGUUACUAAUAGAUCCGACGGUAGCACAUUCAGAAAAACUGAUCCUUUCCGACCGCACCAACGAUGAGUACUCGAUUGAACGAUUACCGGUAGCUACCCAGUUGGAUGAUGACGAUCGACGGCGGGAGGACGACGACAAGCGAGAUACCAUCUAUAAACAUACGCCAAUGCCCGGUUACGAGGGUUAUAUCCCGAGGACGAAGGACAAGUUUGGCAAGCGUUAUGCCGUCACUACGACCGAAGGACUUUCUGAGUUUGAGCGAGACUGCCAACGCACUAGGGCACAGCUGAAACGACUGCGCCACCGUGUAGCUCAACCGAUUUCUACUAUUUCCAAAGGAAGUCUUGGCGAACGAAUGUUACGUAUAAAUGACUACGAAAUUCCCUUGCGAUUGGUGCGUCCCGAUGCACUUAGCGUUGUCAAAGAAGUCCCUAUGGAAAACCUUCCUCCAUUACCCGGUCUUCCUUACUUUUCCCGAGACACACCACCGAUGGCCCUGCCGAAUGGACACCCGGAAAAGUGGACCAAACUAGGAUAUACAGGCCAUAAACCGUUCCUUUGGCCGCGGUUCGGUGAGUCAAACGUGUCUCUAACAUCGAAAGCGCUUUGUGAUUUCACCAAUAGCUACAAUCACCGGAGGAGUAUCGACUGGGAACCGGUAACUUUGACCGGCGGCGGAACGUCACAACCGUCAGCGCAAGUGAAUGAAAUCUAUCACAAAUCGAUUGGCCUUCUGCCGAAUUAUCAGGGGCACGUACCAGGGGCUAUGUUUAGGUUUGGGAAAACCUUUGGUAACGAUAGCAAGGAUGCAAAGAAAUAUCUCAAACGCUGUUAAAAGAAUGAUCUUGGACUGUUUUGAAU